AUGGCUCCUCCAGUAUCGAUGCCCGCGUCCAACUCAUUGUGGUCGCCUCUCGACACCGUGAAGGAUGCUGCCGAGUCUUUGGGGAUCGCCAACCUUCCGAACGACGUGGGAAACGUCGUGGCCAUGGAUGUCGAAUAUAGAAUCUUCCAGAUCACUGAACAGGCCCUUAAGUUCAUGAGACAUUCAAAGAGAAAGACCCUCCUCACCAAAGAUAUCAAUAAAGCCCUUAAAGUUCUCAAUGUUGAACCAUUAUACGGCUACGGGAACAAUAUCAGCAAUGGCAAUGGGAAACCAUUGUCAUUCAAACAGGCACUAGUGGGACCUGGCCAAACCUUGUAUUAUCUUGAUGAAAACCAAAUGGAUUUUGAAAAAUUGAUCAAUACCCCACUACCAAAGAUCCCAAGAUUGGUGACCUUCACUGCACAUUGGUUGGCCAUCGAAGGGGUGCAACCAAACAUUCCUCAAAACCCAUCACUUAAUGAAAUCAAGUCAUUGCCAGCGAAUGAGCGUGGAUCAAUGCAGAACUUAAUCAUCAAUACCAACUCGAUAUCCGAAGAAUCUGCUAAAAAUUCUACCUCCAAUGGUCCAUCGGGCAACAGAAAUGGGAAAUUCGACACCAAUAACAAUGGAUUAUCGGCAAAACCAUUAAUUAAGCAUGUCAUCUCCAAAGAACUCCAACUUUAUUUCAACAAGAUCAUCCUGGUGUUAACCUCCUCACCGGUUAACAAUCCAGAAUACGAAUACUUGAAAAAUGCGGCGCUUGUAUCAAUGAGAUCAGACCCUGGAUUACACCAACUAGUGCCAUAUUUUAUCCAAUUCAUUUCCGAAACCAUCACCAAUAACUUGAAUGAUAUUUCUCUUUUGCACAUCAUGCUAGAAUCAAUCUACUCGUUGUUAUUGAACGAAAAUAUUUUCCUCGAUCCGUAUAUCCACGCACUUUUACCAUGUAUUUUAACCUUAUUAUUAGCGAAGAAAAUUGGGAAAUUGCCGACCUCAGCAAACCAAAUUAAAGUAGUGGAGGCCAAUACUCUUGAAGAUUAUUUGGACGAGACUUUGGCGAUCAGAGAAUUCGCUGCUAGUUUGCUCGAUCAUAUCUUGAAGAAUUAUGGUAGUAACUACAAUACUUUGAAACCAAGAGUCGCCAGAACUCUAUUGAAGGCAUUCUUACAGUCCAGUCUUAAUGGUAAUAACAAUGAUGUCAACGAGACCAAAGAAGAAGAAACUUCCAGUAUAGAUAAAACCAAUAUUCAAAAACUUUAUAUGAAGAAUCUUUUGAGAAACUUUGGCUGUUACUACGGGGCGAUCAUUGGGAUCAAAAAGCUUGGGAAUGAAAUCAUUCGGUUAGUAUUAUUAGGGAAUCUUAAGAUUUGGUCAGAGUUUAUUUUCUUUGACACCACUCUUGAUAUCAAAUCGGAAAAUAAUAAUGAUGAUGGCGAUGUGGAAAUGGCUGAUAACGAAAGCAACGAAACCGCAGAUACAAAUAACGAUGUCUUGUCCAACAAGAUCUUCACUAGGGAGAAGAAGGUGCUUACUGGGACGAUCAUCAGUGUAUUGAAAGAAUUGAAGAAAGAUGGGAAAACAUUGAAGAAGGAAGGCUCUGAUGAACCGAAAAAGGAAGUAUCAGCCGAUAGAGUCAAGGAAACUGUUGGGGCAGGAUUCUACGAGGCGUUGCGGAAUGAAAGCGACUACGAUGAUAUUGUUGAUGGGGUGUUUUUCGGAGAGAACUGA